GAGGCGCAACCAUGACAUGCAUCCGGCCAUACUCAGGCGCAAAGCUCCGUGAGUUAAGGGAAACUUUUGCCCGUGUGCCACUCGAGUCAGUGACUGAUUAUGUGUGCCGCGUGGUGGACAACAGGGCAGAUUCAAUAAUCCUGUGCCGCGACGAGGUAAAGGGAUGUUCUUGGGGUCCCGAGGUGUUCCUAGGUGCAGGUCCCAAGGGGGAUUAUGCAUUAAGUUCUAGAAUAUUUUAUUGGGCGGGUUCUCUGGAUCCAAUGGACAGACAAGAACCGACAGAGGUAAACGUGUCUGACUCUGCUGAGUUAACUGAAGCAAUCAAAAAACUCGUGUGUGUACAAGCCGUUUACCAAAGAGGGCUUUAUCCAUAUCCUCUGGAUGCCCCAAUUGACCCACAGAGACUAAAACCUUUAGUAAGGAGUCUCCCAGCACCUCUGAAGGGCGUGUGUGACGCUAAAAGGGAGCAAAUUGAGUGGGCAUUAGACCUGGACAAUCACAUGGGGGAUACUUUGCCCCACCACACUAUGUGGGAAGAGCUGCUGGAGGAAUUGUCCGCCAAGGGGCGAGACCUGGGCUAUUCCAGCCCUGCGCCCUCACCGGCACCCUCCCACGAGAAGUGGCAGCUGGGAAACAAAGGCAGCCAUGUGGCCGCCCCGCGUGGAAAGCAGGAAGUGCGGCACGCUAAGGCGUCCCAGAGUGCUUUCCCCGGUGGCCCCGGAAGCCCCAGUGGAAGCCCACGAGCCAGCCCACGUGGGAGCCCACGCGGCAGCCCGCAGCUGAGCCACCGCUUCACGGGGAAGCCUAAAGGACAAAAUCCCUAUUACAGACAGAGUGCAUACCAAACACAGAGCACUCAGUACGGGAUAAAACCCCGUGAUAUACCCAGAGGGGGCUGGGGUGAUAUUUCAAGGGCUGAAUUUGAGAACCUGAGUAGAACAGUUGGUGAACUAUGGGAUAAAUACUACAAGGUGGAUGACAUGCAUCAAAUGAUGCAAAGAUUAAUGGACCACACGUUUAAAAACCGUGGUGGAGAUGAGGCAGGAAGGGACCGCAACAGAAGUCCCAGAGCCUCCUCCUCCCCUAACGAGCCUGAGCACCCUUUUAUCUCUGGUCAGCAUGGGGCUAUCUGCAAGCAAAAAAACCCAGAACCUUUCAUUAUGAUCCCAACAGAACCGGACAGAGCCGCUGUGAAAUAUCUAAUAGAUACGGGUGCACAAAUUACAGUGCUUAAUGUGCAACUGGCAAAACGCCUAAGACUCCUGCCAUCUAGGAAGAAGGUAAAGAUAACAGGUGUAACAGGACAGCCCGACAUAUGCCACUUAGCUAAGACAAGGCUAUGGCUACCUGGAGACGAAUGGAGCACCAUAGUGGAAGUUGCCCUAGGCUCCUGCCCAGAGAACAUCCUCGGGUUUGAUGUCCUAUCUGGAGGAGGUGGAGGAUGGGAGACCUCAUGGGAGGCCCCAUGGUGAUGAUCAUGAUGGUGACUAGUGUGUCCACUGGAAACAGAGCCAAAGAAAACCGGGCAAAGGAAGUUUUCCACUGGAGCAAAAGGUGAGGCAUGAGAGUGAGUCGCUGUCAUGAAAACCUGCCAGGCAGCAAUGAAUACAGUUAAAGACCACACACAGCAGCCAUCAAAUACCAACUAGUAACAAGCACUCUGCUUACUCCAGAUAAAAGCCCCUAUUUCUUCAUGAGUCAAGGCUGUAUCACAAAGAUCUUCUGCCACAGUGCCUACAUGAUGGAAAUUUCAGCCUGCACUUUCCUGAGCAGAUCUUUCAUGGCAUGAAAGGCAACAGCUCAGUGGCAGCUCGGGAAGAUGAACACCCCUGGGUUUAAUUAUGUGCCCUCUGGUUUUGUUAGCAACAAACCUGCUGUAAACUUACCUUGCAAACUAUCAUGAACAUUGUGAAAAAGAAGAUGAGGUUGGCUUCAGAGAUAGGGAGCCAGUGAGUUUGUUGCAGAGUGAAGAGGACUGUGCCAUACAGACUGGCCUUUGUAGGGCUAGAAGAGAAAUAAAACACUUUUUUUAGGA